GUUUGAAGAUGGGGUGUCCAAAUGGUGGGGGAUAUAAUUAGGUCUGGUCGGCUCAUUACUGCUGACAGUGCUGGGGUGGCCAAAAAAAGCCUGCUGGGUCUGAGGAGUGCAGGGAGGAGAGGGGGUUUGGCGUGAAAACAGCAGAAAUGGCCAGCAAAGUGGUGGACCUGUUAUAUUGGCGGGAUGUGGGAAAAACGGGACUGGUGUUCACAGGGCUUGUGGUGGGCUUGGCCUGCCUGUUUCAGGUGAGUGCCAUCUCUCUGCUGUCCAACCUGGGCCUGGGCAUCAUGGCCUUCACCCUCCCUGUACGUCUCCUCUUCAAAACAAUGGACCUGGUCCGUCUUAACGAUGGAACUCAUCCCUUCCAGUCCUAUUUGGACGAGGACAGCACUUUGACAGACGAGACCACGGUUCGUGUCGUGGAGAAGAUUGUGCUCCUGAUCGCUACUUUAAUCACAGAGCUGAAGAGACUCUUCUUCAUCGACAGGAUUAUAGACUCGCUGAAGUUUAUUGUGCUGCUGUAUCUGUUGACCUACGUUGGGGUAAAAGCCAAUGGUCUUACACUUGUUAUUGCUGGUGUGAUUUGUGCUUUCUCUCUGCCUCUGGCAUACAGACUUCAGCAGGAACGGAUUGACAGGAUUAUCAGUGCAGUCCAGUCAUUGGUGACAAAAACAAAGGAGAUAGUGGAACUUGUGAUGUCAUUAGUCAAAACUCCUCCUCCGGCUCCAGCUCCUGUGCCUGCUCCUACACCCAAACCCAAACUCAAGACCAAAUAAUGCAGCUAAGGGAUGGAGGGAAGAAGGACAUAGUCUUAUUUUACAGAUAUGGCUGGGAGUUAUUAUUGAUGUAGGGUGACAUACUGUAAGAAGUGGAAUGACAGACAUUUCUUUAUGGUGCUAGGAAUGUACUGGAAUUUACUACAGUAGUUCUGCAGCUGGUCUCUAUGACUGUGCAAAAAAAAAAACUAACAAAAAAACAAAAACAAAACAUGAAUCGGUAACCUUGGAAAAGAAAGGACUUGGUGGGAAAUCCCCAUCACACCCAAGUGUAAAUGAACUGUAACUAUAGAAUUAAAGAAAUCCGUUUUAAUGGCA